AUGAAUCAAAAAAUGAUUAUUGCUAUUGCUUUUCUUGUGGCUUUAUGUAUAGAUUUUGGUCAAGGUCUGACAUGUUAUCAGCAUGAUUUUUGCAAUAAUCACUGUCCAUCGUUAAUAACAACUAUAGUUCAAUGUGACGCCGAUCAAGAUCAUUGUUGGAAACUCCAAACACUAUUCGGCACCAAAAGAGAUUGUGGCAACGCUAGAUGUUUAGUUCAGGUCGAUGCAGGUCCUUUAGAAUUUGCGAAUGUAUGUUGUUCUGGUAUAUUAUGUAAUUCGGCGGUUAAUAUGGAAGCAAAAACACUAUUUUUAAUGUUGAGUAGUACAAUGGCUGUUCUUCGUGGAUAUUUUGUUUGA